AUGCAGCCGUUAAAAAUAACCGUCUUUUUAGGCUCCAGUGUGCACGCGCGCGGCACGCAACGCCGCGCGGGCGCAGCGGUUACGACACACGCACACACGGGCAGUGCGUACGGACACGGACGCACACAACUGCGCGCCAGGGACGGCAAGAUAGAGCGUGCGGGGUGUCCGGGGAUCUGUGGCCCGCAGGCCGCGACCACAUCAACCCUGUCUUUCUCAAGCUUCCGAAACUCCUUCACCACCAAUGUCAAUUACCUGAAAAGAAGAUUCAGCUCGGGGGACCUGCAGAGCGAGUGCGAUGAGGGCGAGGUGGACCCCUACACCGGCCGUCCGGCCACCACCAGCCAGCCUAAGCCGCAGAACCAGAGGCCCACUUCACAGGCGACCGGCGGCAGCAUCAGCAGCACGGGCAGCGGCAGCGGCAGCGCGGGCCCGUCGGGGCCGCCGCCGGCGCCCAGCUCCGGCGGGGACCUGUCGCUCAACCUGCGCGGGGGCUCCCGAGGCACCUCCGCCCCGUCCUCGCCUGCCAAGUCCCGCGAGUCACUGCUGCAGCGCGUGCAAUCGCUCACAGGCGCUGCGAGGGAUCAGGGUGCCAACCUGUUAGGCAGCGUAACAUCGGUGACGUCAGUGGGUCGUGGCUACAACCGCGACCGCUGCGUGACGUUGUUGGUCGUUGACGACCAGAACACCGACUGGUCCAAGUACUUCCGCGGGAAACGGCUGCCCGGCGAGUGGGACAUCCGAGUGGAACAAGCCGAGUUCAGGGAGCUGUCGGUGACAGCCAAUUCCGACGGGGCCAACGUGUCAAUGGCCGUGUACCGCGGCGGCACCAAAGUUACGCGAUGCUUCAAACCGGAGUUUGUGUUGGUGCGGCAAAACGUGCGUGACGCCGGCGCCGACAACCGCGCGCUGCUGGUUGGACUCAAGUUCGGAGGAGUGCCCUCCAUCAACAGCCUCAACUCCAUCUACCACUUCCAGGACCGUCCGUGGGUAUUCGGUCACCUGCUGCAGCUGCAACGACGCCUGGGCCGCGAGAACUUCCCUCUCAUUGAGCAGACCUACUACCACAGCCACACCGACAUGGUGACGGCCCCGAGGUUCCCGGUGGUGAUCAAGAUAGGGCACGCGCACUCCGGCGUGGCCAAGGUGAAAGUGGACUCGGUGGCCGACUUCCAGGACAUAGCCGGGGUGGUGGCCAUGCUGGGCACCUACUGCACCGUGGAGCCCUACAUCGACGCCAAAUACGACAUCCAUAUACAGAAGAUUGGCACCAACUAUAAGGCUUUCAUGCGCAAGUCUAUAUCGGGCAACUGGAAGACAAACCAAGGCUCGGCCAUGCUGGAGGCUAUCGGCAUGAACGAUCGGUACAAGAUGUGGAUCGAUGAGGUUAGCGAGAUCUUCGGAGGGCUGGAAGUGUGCGCCCUAGAGCUGGUGGUGGGCAAGGACGGGCGCGAGCACAUCAUCGAGCUCAACGACUCCGCCACCUCCUUCAUGGGAGACUCGCAGGAGGAGGACCGCCGCCAUCUUGCUGACCUCGUCUUCCAACGGAUGCAGUCCGUCUGCCGGCCAGGCAUCACCAAGACCGCCUCGCGCAGCUCCGUAUCGGGCAGCUCAGCGCCCUCGCCCGAGGAGCGGUCGGUGCCGCUGCCGGGCGCGGGCGCGGGCCCGCCCAGCGCGCCGCCGCCCGCGCCGCUCACCGCCGCGGCCAGCAUCGACCGCCCGCUGCCGCCCAUCCCGGCCGAGCCCAGCCAGCCACCGCCACCGCCGCUCACGAGGCGCGACUCUCAAGCAUCCCAAUCGUCGACGGUAUCUUCAGCAUCAGGCGCCACAGCGUCAGCCGCGGCCGGUGCAGCCCCCACGGGCUCCGCGGGCGGCCGCGGCGGCUUCGCGCGCCAGGGCUCUCUCAGCGCCGCGCUCACCGAAGACGCCGAGGACACUAUGAAGAACUUGAGGAAGACAUUCGCCGGUAUUUUCGGCGAUAUGUAAAGUUAGCCGGCGUUCGGGCGUGCGUUUUACCGAGCUAUCGUUAAUGGUUGAAAUAAAACCAAUCGCUCAUACUCCGUGGCAAUCGAGACGCAACUAUCAGAGGCGCACUAUACGUAUUUUUAACAGCACUUACUGGCAAAAAAGACCACUAAGCCUCACUAACGUCUAUUCAGCUUGGACACUAACAAAAUUACAAAUGAAGUGGUCUCCCUUUAACGGUAGCUCGAUAAAAGAUAUUUGCGACCAUAUUAACUGGUCAACAUAUGCCCGAUUUUGGUAAUGUUGUUAUUUGCAUAAUUUUCGUACCUUUAUUACAAACUUUACAUAUACAUUGUUACAAAGUAUGAUAUAGAAAACCGGUUCCGGUAUUUUUUAUUAUGAAUACUCAUAUCGUUUGCAUCGGAAGGGGUGACGUUUAGCCGUAGUACCUACCGGUUGGGAAGCUCCUUUACGACAUAGGGAACGACCGUCUAACCGAAGCUAUAGCAUAGUGUUAACGUAUUUAAAGUAACUAUAGAUUUUGUACAAUAAGUUUAUUAUAAAAUAAUGAAAUACGAAUCAACUGAGCUGCAUUGUGAUCGAACCCGUUCGGUACGCGCCGCGCACUCGCGCGCGUCGCUACAGUAGUGUCUUUCUCCGGCCUUCCUUCUACCGCCCGCUGGUGGUUAUUCUCAGUGCCGCCGUACACUAAAACAUUUCUUACAAAUACCAAGUACACCAUACCAGGUAAAUCGGCUAGAGAUUACGAGUAUAAGUACUGGGAGUAACGCACACGCGACGACGGGUGCACGCGCACCUUCGUAGCAGAACGACGCAAACGACGCAAUUCACAAAUGUAUAAUAUCAUUGACGACAAAUAAAAUGUGUGGCAAUAAGUAGAAUUGAAGCGUUUUAAGGAUUUGAUGUAAUUCAUUUCAUGACUUCCCUUUAGCGUAAACUGAACUAUUUAGGUAUCUGUCACUUCUGAAGUAAUCGUGUGGAAUUAAUGGUAUGCAGGGAUAAAUGCCGAAAUACACAAGUUGCGUAUGCAGCACAGCUCUAGCUUGCUGCAUAGACAGUGUCUACUGAACACGUCUGUGCAGUGUGCACGAGUUGUACGUAAUGUAAUGAAUUAAAUAAAAUGUCGCACAACUUGCGUUGCGUAAAGUACAAAUUAUGGUUAUAAAAGCGACGAAUUAUACGUUAAAAAAUUAACAGCUAAGCAAACUAAACGACAUGACAUCCAACAGCUCUGCUGUGCUGCAUAUUCAUAAGAUGUGUACUGGCCUUAAUACAGCAUGUAAACUUAAUAUGGGCGAAUCACGGCACUUCAUAUUAUGUUGUUGUAGAGGUUGCUGCUUGAAAGUUUUAAUUGAUUACGGGUUACAUUUAUGUGAUAAACAUUACCUAAGUAACAUUUUUUAAUUAUUGAUUAGAGUAAUAAGUUACGUCUGGUUUAAUUUAUCGCCGGUAUUGAAUUUGCACAUUGUAUACCUAAUCGAUUGCUGUUGCAAAGUGUAUUUGGUUUAUGCGGAAAUCGACAUCAGACGAGUUUAUGAUUCCCUUGUGCGGUCCUAUUAGAUCUAAAUUGUUGGGAUGUGAGCAAUGCUAUUGAAGACAAUAUUGUUAAAUGCAAGAAUUAAUCCACAUUUUAUAUAACUUAAUACUAGUUGUAUCUCAUAGUUUUAAGAAUAUCUUGUUGAUGCAUAGGUAUGUGUGAUUUUUAUUUUCGUGCUUUAACUAUGUUGUUGUUAUUUAAGUACUAUUUGCGUGGUAUCUCCGAAAUCGCAUAGGCAAGCUACACCGAAAUACAUUCCUAACAUAUAAAAGUGUCAUUGUUCAUGCAACUUUUCUUAUAUAUUUUAAUAAUAUAUGGUUUUGCGAAAUGAAAGAACCGAGGGUUGUAUUUGAAUGAAGUCUGAUGAUGUCAUAUCAUGAAAGAGGGUCAGAUCAAGGAGGAGCCAGAACGAUUUGAUUUGAAAUCCUUUGCACUCUUGACUGCUAACGAGUUUCUUAUUCUCUUGAUAUUUAUAGCAACCAUAUAUGCCUAUAUAUUCUUUAGCUAAAGUAGAGUUUUGAAAUUGUAGUUUUACGUGAUGGUACUCGUAUUUGCGGAUCUUGGAAGUAUGACCGUUGACAAGCCUCUGUGUUGAGCCCGGCACAUUUAGUCGACCAUUUGUUACUGUAGAUUUUACAACGAAAAAUAGCUAGUAUACAUUACAUGUAAGUUAUAUGUAUGGGUUGCAAAUACGUAUGGUGGCUUCUGUUGAUUUAGUGCUCAAAGUUAACAUACAGACUUGUUGGUGAAUCUUUUAAGUAGCAAAUAUUAUUUGUUGUUGGGGCCUUUAUACUGCGUCAUACCAAGUAGACUUACCUACAUUAUGAGUAGGUAUAUAUAAUGUAAUUUUUAUAUGCACUCGUAGCUAGUUUAGACACAGACAUUGUUUAGCCGUAACCACCAUGUAACUAUGUGUAAGUACCUAUAAAAUGCGCAAUUAGAUACCUUAUAAUGAACAAUUUUAUUACAUAAAAUAUUAUACAGUAAAAUAUUAAUCGAUGAGUUAAUUAUUUUAAUAGAACAGUUACCAGAUAAUGUAUUUAUUGUAUAUUAUACUGCAGCGACUUAAAUUAGUUUAAUUUUUUAAAUGUUUAAUGUUAUUAGUUUGUUAGAUAUCGAUAUAUAAAUAAACACUAAUAUAAAUGCUGUUGUUGUUGUUGCUAACAAGUUAUACGACGUGUACUCAUACGGCGGACGCGCGGGCGGUGGCCACGGCAAAAUACUUAUUUAUUACCGUUUUAUACUUAAAUAUAAAACUGCAUCUUUUUUUGUCAAGUGUUGUUGACCGACUGAAGUCGACGCAUAAAUCGCUUCUAAAAUUCAACACAGAUUCCAUCGUCCACAAUAUUGACUGUCAAUACCUACUUAACGCUUACGCAACGGUCAUCAUCUUCAUCAU